UGGCAUUGGUGGAAAACGGUCGCUUCGCAGCAGGUUCGUUCGAAAAGCUUUUCGGUAGCACUAAGCAAGAGUACAGUGGAUUAGCUCACCAGAGUGGGACGUGAGUGGAGGGGUGUAGUUAUUUUCCGUCCACCCACUUUCCAUUUCUUGAACCAUUCUCGGAUUCUAUCCCGCUGUGUUGUGUGCGUAUGUGUGUGUGUGUGUUGGUUUCCGACUGGUGUCCGCUGCGCCAAAAGGUGUGCUUCGAAGGGAGGUGGAUCCUUCGUUAGGAAGGAAGUGAAAAGCCAAAAAUGAUGGUGACUAAUUAUUUCAGCGUGUUCUAGUGGAGUGUUCUUUUGUGCAAACUGUACGGUGAAGUCGUAAAGACGAAAUAUUCGAUGGUUGAGAAAGGUUGAACCUCCGCAAGGUUCGAUUUUGGAGUAACCGCUGUGGGUGGUGGGUGCGAAUGAGUACCAUUGUUGAAAAUUGAAAUUCAGCUGAUUGCGGUACGAGCCAGUGUCGGGUGGAAACCGUUCUACUGUGCGGUGUGUCAGACCUAACAAUAACGGCGUAAUUUUCACGGUGGAUUUAACGAUGAGAUUGAUGUUUUGAUAAAGCUGUUGCUGAUCCUCAUUUGGAUAACAGUUCCGUAAAUAUGCAGUGAAAUUGGAUGAGUAUUUUGUAGUGCGCUCUCCCGUCAUACGUCUAUGUUGUCGUGAACCCAAUUCCUCAAGGUGAACAAGUGUAUGUGGAAGUGUUCUGCCACCCAAUAGAUAGGAUACAGUUUCAGACUGUCGUUCUGACAGUAGGAUAAUGGAUUCACCAGCGAACGCUCUAGCUCUGAGCAGUAGUGAAUUACAGCUGUACGAAUGCGAGUAGGAUAUCAUUUGGCGUAUUUCAUGUUAGUUAAGCCAUCCGUUUAAGCGAACCAUGAGUUUCAGUGCUGUUUAUCUGAUUACGACCGGGGCUGAGUAGGGCAGUCUAAGCAACCGUGACAGUUGAAAUUGAAAUCACAAAGAAAAGCUUCCACUGCUAAAAUGAAGAAGUAUUUGCGUGUGUGGAAAAGCAGCCUGUAAAAGAUGCAAUUAUGUUUUGCGUAGAUAAUUAAUCCAACUACGGUGCCGGCAGGUUACGGCUGAGGAAGCGAAGAGACUCAACAAAACGGGGUGCGAGUUGUUUCGGAAGUGGUACACCCAUGAAGAGGAAAAACGGUUUCAUUUCCGGGGGACUUACCAAGUGAAGACAUUUUAUGAAAAGUGUUUGCUGAGUUCCACCAGAUGGUCGGGGAGAUAGCUGCUCAAAAAAAAAUUGUGUACUGUUUAUUCUUCAAUGUAAUGCGUAGAGUCUACCGGUCGGCCGCCUAAACCCCGCGCAUCCUUCGCCCAGCCAGUCGAGAGGGUCGAACCAUCAUCAGGAGUUUUAUGUGCACUCGAGCUUAUUAUUCCGUGCGUGUUUCGCAGCGGAAGAACGUGUUGUGUUAAAUAAACACCAUUUGAAUUUUUUCGUUCCCUGGUUCCCUGCUUACUGGAUGAAAAGGCAAUGUGAAGUAAGAAAAUAACUCAACAGAAAUUCGGUUGCGGGAAACGUAAGCUGCCAGAGGUUCAGAAACGUUGCAUUUUCCUGCUGACGCGGAAGAAAGCUUACCGCACGUUGAAUAUUGAAGGCGUUGAAGUGAUGCAAAAUAGUCAUGAAUAAAUUAUUGUAAUGAAGAAUAAACAACAGUAGACUCUGCACAAGCCAUAGACCUCCUACCCCAGUGGUUCGCUAGAUUGAGUUGAAUUGUUUUUGAGAAAAAAAAAGUCCCAGUGAAACGCCCCUUAUAAUUAGUGUCAGUGAGUGUGUUUUGAUACGCGCCAAAUACGAAGCAAACGUGUUUUUUGUACAGUGCUGCUGCAGGUAACGAAGUGACUAGUCAUAAUUUUCGCUGCCAUCGUGCAACGGAGAACAACGAGGCCAGGAUAUAAACCAAACAGUGCAGAAAUGUGGCUUUUUGGAUUUUCACUGUUCGUGAUCAUCUGCGUGGCCAAGUGCACCGAGGGCGAUGUUUCGGUCGAAGCGGCUUUUCAAGGACGCUGCGGUCACGGUAGUCCUUGUGAGCAACUGUGCUACGAACUGCACGACGGAAUGUACGAAUGUGAUUGUGCGGAAGGAUUUGAACUGAACAAGAAUGGAUACAGUUGUCAAGAACUCAACACCACCCUAACCGAUGAAAAUGAGUCCAGCGUGGAGGAGGACGUCCUGUACCAGCGGGGUGCCUCGUUUAGCGCCAAACUUGAUAUGUCAGAUCUGCACAUAUCGAUGAAGACCUACAGCGACGAGGACGACGGGGAGGAUGGCGAAGGUAGCAUGAAACCAAUCAAUCUGAAUGCUAUCGAUAGAGAGCUAUCGCUGCGAAAAGCAAAUCAUAACUGGAAAAUGGAAAGCGCAAAACUGGCCACGAAUAUUAACAACCACCGGCAGCAGCAAAAGGCAAAAUCGGCGGCGGCGUCGGCAGUACAGUUUCAUGACAGCAGUAGCAGCAAAAAGGCUACCCCGAAGAGAACAAAGAACGGCUCCGUUGGUGGCAGUAAUUCUAGACCAAUCCGAAUGGAAAUCGCCGGUGGUAGCUCAUUACAUAUGCAGGAUGUCGACGGUCGGAAUCGAAGCGAAAUAAAAGCUCUUGCACUAACGGCGCCGGAGAGCGAUUUAGAUUUUGACGCCCGAAGUAGUGCAACGGUGACCACAACGUCGAUCCCACCGGGCACCAACCGGUGGGCGGAACCGGAAAACGUGACGGGAAUUGCGAGUGUGGCGAGCAGUUACAAUUCAACCGCAAUGUCUGCGUCCAGUACCGCGGAAAGGAAAGAGUCAUGUACGUUGGAUUGCGGCUUUGAGGGUAUCUGCAGCAACGGAGACAGCGGGCAAUCACAGCAUUGUCUGUGUCCAUUUGGAAAGGCUGGCCAUCGGUGCGAGGAAGAUUUUCGAGUCAACACCCCUCGAUUCAACCAGCACUCCUGGUUAGCCUUCCCCGCACUUAGAGGCGCCUACAAGCACGUACAGCUCCACAUCGAGUUUCGACCGGAAUCCUUUGAUGGCAUUCUGCUGCUCACGGGCGAAAGGGACGACCUGACCGGCGACUUCAUGGCGCUCCUAAUACACCAAGGAUUCGUGGAAUUUUGGUUCGACUGCGGUUCCGGCACCGGACGGGUCCGUUCGGAGGAGACGAUUGUCCUGAAUCAGUGGAACACCAUCACCAUCUAUCGCCACCGGUGGGAUGCCUGGCUGGUGCUGAACCAGGGUAAUCGGGUGCAGGGACGUUCGAAGGGUCUCUUCUCUCGGAUCACCUUCAGGGAGCCGGUAUUCCUUGGGGGAUUUGGGAAUAUCACCGGACUGGACAAGAAACUACCUGUGAGCAAUGGAUUUACCGGUUGCAUUCGAAAGUUUGUUUCCAACGAACAUGAUUACAACUUCCUGAACGUACCACUAGGAGAUGUCUCGCAAGGAUUCGAUAUUCAGGAAUGUGUCACCGAUCGGUGCAGCCGGUAUCCGUGUCAGCAUGGCGGCAAGUGUCUCCCCUCGGACGACGGCGCAAUCUGUCUGUGUCCGCUGGGAUUCGGCGGUGAUUUAUGCGAGAUGAGACUGGAUUUACAGGUGCCUUCAUUUAACGGUUCGUCGUACCUACGCUACGCCCCACUGGGCGAUAGUUGCAUCAUUUGGUUUGAAUUAAAGAUAAUCAUCAAACCCCUGCAGGAGGACGGGUUGCUGCUGUACAGUGGUCACCAUGAGUACGGUGACUAUAUCUCGCUCUGCCUCAACAUGGGCUACGUGGAGUUUACCUUUGAUUUGGGCAGCGGUCCGGCGACUGUGAGGAGCGAAUUUCCGUUGUCGAUGGGUCAAUGGCACAUUAUCAAAGUUUCCAGAACAUCACGGCUAGCGGUAUUGAAAAUCGAUCAGCUGCCGGAAGUGAUGACGGUUUCGCCCAACGGUUUCUGGCAUCUCUCGCUGCCGCACAGCCUGUACCUGGGAGGGGUGCACAACAUCCACACGCUGCCGAUGAGCCUCCGGGAUAAGGGAUCCUUCGCCGGAUGUGUACAGAAGGUCGACAUCAACGACCGCACCAUAUCGAUCAUUUCGGAAGCCCUUGGCGGGUCGAACGUGGAGAACUGCCCGCAUGCCUGCGUUGCCCGUCCGUGCGGACCGUUGGCCAAGUGUAUCCCCAAUCUGGACAGCUACGAGUGUCAGUGCAAUCCGCUGAAUAAACAGUGCAACAAGGCGGAAGAAUUGCCAUCGGAGGUAAUCGAACAGCGGCAGCGGUUGCUGCUGCGGCAGCACCCCAUCCAAUCGCAGGAGGUGGAGCUGGAAACGACCUUGGCUCCGGCAGCGGCCGCUGGGGAGGAAAGUGUUCCGGAGCGGACACAGGCCGGUGAUGAUGGUGGUGAGGCUGGUAGUGGAGAGGAUGAGUAUUAUUACUACGAGUAUGACAGUGGCGAGGGGGUUGUCGUGGGCGGUAAGACGUCUAAUGAGAAUGUUAAUCGUGUGAAGGAUAAUGGAAAAAUAAUCGCUCUGGUGGAAAAGAACUCGGUGCCACUGGAGGCUACCACGCAGCCAGGUGAUGAUUAUCGGGAUAAUGGGGCGGAGGCAUCUAGGGGGCCGGAUCCAAUCGGGCAGCAUACCCAAACUUCACAAAACGGAGCAAAUGAGCAGGAUUAUGUCGAAGACGAUUAUGGUGAUGACAACGAUGAUGACGACGUCUCCUUCGUAAAAGAUAGCAAUGAUGAGAAUGAUAAUGACAAGGACUCGGUGUGGGAAAAAGUAGAUAUGAAAAGUAGUUCGCGAAAAAAAUAUUUUCAAAAAACGGAAAAAUCUUUCACAUCUGACAAGAAUCGAAAAUCGUUGAAGAGUGAUACUGUGAAGAAACUGGGCGGAAAAACGUGGCAAAUUUCGACCACCACCGAUGACGAAGCUAAAAAGGAAGAAAGCGUCCCAGCUGAUGCCAGACAACAGAAGACUGCGGACAUGGACUACGCUAACGACGAAUAUAAUAAAGAUUACGAUCACAUGGGAGACAGAAUACCGUAUCGCCCAGAUCUGAUCAAGAAGACGAAAAGUGAACAGCAGUUACGAGGGAAAGCCAUAGAGAAACAACCGGAUCUGGAUGCUGACAUUGAUGAAAUAUUAAUCGAGGAGAUGAAUAGAAUAAUGAAAAAUAGAAAUGACUACGGAGAGGAAGACGAUCCGAGCGCGGUAGGUGCUGGGUGGAACCUUGGAAUUGGCGACGAAGAGAGAAGGCACGCUGGUGCUAGAAUGGAUGAGGAUGCCAUCCGUGAGCAGAGCUCCACCAAUGAUGAUACCGAUGCGGACGAUAUUGAUAGCCUUCACGACGUGCUUGACUUUGAUGGAAAUGAAAACAACCAGCGUCGUGAUAAAAAUACUAACCAUUUUCAGAGUGCAAUAAAAAUGGCAUUCAACGGUCACGGUCGGUCUGAGGGCAGCAGGCGAAGCAAUGACAGCACCGACCUGAGUAGAAGCAGGAGCAGUAGUGGUAGUGGUGGUAAUAGUUUCGGCCAACAGCUGAAACAUGCGGAGGAAGAGGACGAUGUGACUCGCAGCAUCAAGUAUAAGAACAAAUAUUUUCGACGCUACCAAGGUGCUUGCUUCACCGGAACGGAAAGUUUUUUCCAUUACAGUGAUGCUGAGACGAUGCGACGUGUAAUCAGCUAUGAGAUUGAUUUGAAUCUUCGAUUCAAAACGCAUUCGCCCAGCGGUCUGAUCCUGUGGACCGGAAGGCAUAGUGCGCUCGAAGAGGAUGAUUUUCUGUCCCUGGGAGUCGAGAAUGGCUAUCUUCAUCUGCGAUACAACCUGGGGUCAGGCGAAAUUAAUAUCAAAUAUAACUCAACGAAAGUCAGCGACGGUCUGUGGCAUCGGGUGAGAGCUUUAAGGAACUCCCAGGACGGCACUCUGAAAGUGGACGGUGGCAAGCCAAUUACCCGAAGAUCGCCCGGCAAGCUGAGACAGCUCAACACGGACACGGGGCUGUAUGUCGGUGGACUGCCGGCGACUGCAUUCUACACCCGGCAACGAUACACGUCCGGUAUCGUUGGUUGCAUUUCGGAGCUGAUACUGGCCGGUGAGCUGAGGCUAAACUUCGACUCGACGAUACUGGGCACGGCACACAACGUGGAACCGGGUGCCCCUUGAAGGUAGACUUAGGUGGCGGCGGUAGUGGACACGCCGAUGGCGGUGGAUGCCACAGCAACGGGACCUGGCCCUCGGAACUGGCUGACCAACGGUAGUGGUAGCAGUAGUAGCAACAGGAAUAGCAACAACAGUAACAGCAGCAGCAGCAGCAGUAGAAGUAACAUCAAUUGAACGUCCAUCAGAGUAACUAUCGCUUGUGUGGAGUGAGUGAGUCAGUGAGUGAGUGAGUGGUAGCAUGGUAAUAGAUUGAUGACGAAGAGUUGAACAAAUGGGGGUGAAUGUGAAGCAGAUUAACUACACACCGACUUAGACUAAAUAAAUUUUUAUAUUUAAGGAUUAAACUUUAGGAUAAUGAGCUAGUGUAAGGUUUAGGUACUGAAACUGUAAUAUUUAAUGUUUAUAGCGAUAGAUUUACACACACUAUCUGCUGGUGGAGUAGUAGAAAUUGAUUGUCUAGUAGCCGUGUAAUGAGAAAUAAGUUUUUGACCGAUGGUAGCUGGAGCAGUUUAUCGCUGAGUUGUGAAUGUGAACAAAUACUGAAAAAUAUGCACACUCAGGGUACUCUAGCUUCAGUUUCAUCAGUCACAAACUGAUAUCAAGUUCUGUUGAGAAAAAAACCCACUCGUGAAUGAAUCAGAAUGAGUUUAUCAGAAUUUGUCGAAAAACUGCUGAAAAAACCCUUACACAUCAAGUAUAUAUAAGUCAAUUCUUUUCUCUGCCUUUCGAACAAAUCUUGUCUGAGUUGGAUUCCCGAUUUGUUUCAAGAAAAAAAACUAGAAAAUAAAGAAAACAAAAGCGAAAUAACAAGAAACAAGAACAAUAAUGACAUCAUAUCAAUUGAAACUAUAAAAAUAAUUGAGAAACAAACGAAGAUCUCUGUUUUAAACAAUACAAAUACAAACAAAACAACAAUGCGCAUUAUAUACAUACAUGCAUAUAUACAAACACACUCUCACGUACACACCUACCUAAAUGUUGCUUAUGCUUCUUGUUUGAACAGAAUCUAUUCUAACCCUAAACUAUAACUUCUAGUUGAUGAGCAAACAAGUGCAUAUUGACAGUUUGAGUUGAAAUUGUUUCAUUUUAUCUAUUCCCAGUCGAAAGAAUCAAACUAACGAAAAAUAAAAAAAUAACAAUUUUGUAUGCAACAAUACAGGGAAAGAACUGAAAACACGACGCAACCGGAACGUUUAAAAUUCGCACCUAAUUUAAAAGAAAUGGAGAGUAUAUUUCUGUUUGGUUUGCCCUGUUGUAAGCUAUUUUACGAGAUGUUUCCCGACGAUCGGCGGAGCGUCCAUCGUAAAAUAGCUUAUUGCCAUACAAUUCAAGUGCUUUACAAACAUAAUAUAACUUUUGAAGAAACUAUUGUAGACGAAGCAGAAGUGAAAUGUCACACCUGCACACAGCAAACAGCAGCAUACGAAACACUAAAUGUCAAUGUGAGAUGCAAACAAACACACGAAUAUCGUUUAAGAGUGUGUGUGUGUGUGUACUAGCAAAAUGACACACACAGCGGGCAGAAUACAAAGCAGCAGCGCAGCACCUAUAGAGAAAUGCAGUCAGCGGUAGCAAAUAUUUUUGUUUGUAUUUUAAAAUAGCCCCUUCGGAAACACACGCAGUUGUUAUAAAAACCAAAAGAAAUAAAAUCGUCGUCAGGUAUUUACAGUGGUAGCAACGAUUUUUUAAACACGAUUAUUUAAUUUUUUGGUAGCAAAAUUUUCGGAUCAUACAACCGGUGUAGAAAAAAAAGCGUGCAAAAGCCCAUAGAAACGUAUAAAACCGUAGUUGAUUUGUACAGUGGAGCAUUAUUUUUCUGUGAAACAUUUACCAGCUAAUAGAGAACAGUAAAAACAAAUCGUAUAAAAUGUAUACUGUAAAAAGCAAAGAAUAGAUUUUACCAAUAAAUAGAUAAAAAAAAACGCGAAAAGUAUCACCUAUAUAUUGAAUGUAAUCUGUGACGAACUGAGACAGCAAGUAUUUGCGAAUCGUUUUUCCGUUUUCCCAAAGAUGAACCACAGUUUUGUGAAACGUAUUCCAAGAAAUACACGACAAAGUAGCUUUUUAUUCCCAACAACAGUCAGCAGUGUCCUUUGUAAAUAUAGCUCGCGCAGCUAGUGCAAGAAAUCCGCUUAUAACUGUUCAACAAAAAAAAACAAUGUGAUGUGCAACAAUCGUGCUCUAGAGUCUCUAUACAUUGUAGCUACACGUUCAGUUGUAGAUGGUUCGUUUGGUAUUAGACUUCGUUUCUUCGUGUUUGUUCGAUCAGUGAAACAAAUUGGAAGCUUCGGGAUAUCAAGAAAAAAAAGACACCGCGUGAAGAUUGAUAUUUCGUCAAAGUUCUGAAUAAACAAAACAAUAUGACACCACCCGGUUGAGACAACUGUUUGUGUUAGCAACUUUCUGAUGCUAGUUAUUCCAGACUCAGUUUAGCGUUUCUGCCCUAUAUGUUGAUUACCCGAAUACCGGUGAAAUUGUAUAUUGUAAUGAGAUUCAAAUAAACUGAAAUGGUAUUGGGUUUUGA